UAAUCAAAACAUGGUUAUUUCAGAACGUCCCCAACUCUCUAGUCAAAAAUGUUGUCGCCAAGAAUCGUCAGAGACAUGCCCCAAAGGUAAGUAGACCCUAAUCAGCUACUUUUACGAGAUAUUGAUUACGCUGGCCUAUAGUCUUUCCAAUUAUGCAAAAAUGAGAAACAUAGCGGCGACCGUGCCUAAAAGCCAACCAUGGAGGGCGUUCUGGCCACUGAAAAAGGACGACUAUACAACCGAACAGCAGCAAAAUAUGCCUUGGCUUACCUGGAAACCCGACCCAAACAACCCUGAAAAUAAGCCGUGGAGAAAAUGGAUGUUAGCUGAACAGUCUACUGUUGUUCGACGGGGCUCGUCCUAGCCGACAUUCCGAAGCUGCCCGUACGAGAAAGGUCGCAACCCCCUUACCCGCGACCAAAGCCCUCUGAUAAAAGAACACAAGCGAUUUAAAAAGAUUUUCCGGGGGGGGACUCUAUUAUCUUUAUAAUGUAAGGUUCCUGGGUUUUGAAUACCGCUAGCAACGAUUCGCGGUAUGACGCUCGAUAAAUACAUGGUUCACUAGUUCAGUAGCCCUACAAAUGCAUAUCUUACCUUCUUGUUGUGAGGCAGGGGAAGCAUAUCUAUGUGUUUAGUCUCUCCAGUUUCGUCACGCGCACCCACACCCAUUCAUGCGAGGGAUAGGGGGUAUUAUAGGGGCCUAUCAAAUUAUCGAAUAGAAUAUUCCUUAAGAUGAGGCUCUAGCUACGGGUUGAAAUACUCGGAAGAAUUAAUACCAAAAGUGAAGAGAUAAUUAUCUUUCUCUGCCUGUAGCUGUCUGCGGAUUGUGUAGCAAUAGCACUUCUAAGCUGCAGUACAACGCCAAGCUCCCUCUCUAAUCCCGUAUCUUCAGCCCCAAUAUGCAGUAACAAUAUCAUGGGACGUAGUCUAUAGGUAUGUAAAGAAACCCCUCGAAAUUACACAACUGCAGCCCGACUUCCUGUAUAGCAAAGGGUAAAUUCUCUUAGCCUUAAAGGCUGUACUAAAGCAUACCUAGGUACGGAAGGCAGCGGUGAUAGACUUCGUCUUACCCAGGAUCUAUUGACGGUUCACUUCCACGAAUAUACAAC